CCUAGCUGUCUUCGCCAGGCCUUCCUCGAGUCGGUUUCCUGCAGAGGCACUGUUGCUAUUGGGGAGAGAAACAUGGCAAGUUUACUGAAGCAUUCUGCGAAGUACGUCCUCUCAGGGAGGCUGUCUCAUCUGGGUGUACACAGCAGAUAUGGGGGUCUCCAGUGUCUGCAGCCCUGCCUCCUUCCACACCAGAGGAGCGUCUCUACUGGCAGCAAGAUCCAGGUAGAGAUGGACGACAGCACAGGCAUCGCUAUUCUAACGAUGAAGAGCCCUCCUGUGAACAGCCUCAGCCUGGACUUCCUGACCGAGUUCUCAAUCAGCCUGGAGAAGCUGGAGCUGGACCGGGGCUGCAGGGGAGUCAUCCUCACCUCCGCACUCCCGAAGAUCUUCUCCGCGGGGCUGGACAUCAUGGAGAUGUAUGGGAAGAGCCCUGAGCAUUGCGGGGAGUUCUGGAAGGCGGUGCAGGAGAUGUGGCUGCGGCUGUAUGGCUCCAGUAUGAUCACAGUAGCAGCGAUUAAUGGCUCCAGUCCCGCAGGAGGCUGUCUGAUGGCCUUGGCUUGUGACUACAGAAUUAUGGCCGAAAACCCCAAAUACAGCAUCGGCUUGAACGAGACUCAGCUGGGGAUUGUCGCCCCCUUCUGGUUCAAGGACACCCUGGUGAACACUGUUGGGAACAGAGCGGCUGAGCUCUCUCUGCAGCUGGGGCUCCUGUACAGCGCUCCCGACGCUCUCAGAACCGGCCUCGUGGAUCUGCUGGUACCGGAGGACAAGGUCCUCAGCACAGCCUCUCAAACCGUGACCCAGUGGCUAGCUGUUCCAGACCACGCCCGGCAGAUCACCAAGUCCAUGAUGAGAAAGCCGACAGUCGACCGACUGCUGGCGAGCAGGGAGCCCGACAUCAAGAACUUCGUCAGCUUCAUCACCAAAGACUCAAUCCAGAAAUCACUCCGGGUUUACAUGGAGAGACUGAAACAGAGAAAACCCUAGAGGCGCGCAGUGACGUGCCCACGAUCGCUUCGCUGAAGAAGCACCUGUGAGGUCUUUUCUGUUCGGUCAUUACCGAUUGCGCUCUUUCGAAAGACAAAAACAAAAAAAAAAAAAAAAAAAAACUAAACAAAAAAAAAUCGGUUCUGCAGUGUUUUAAUGUUUUAGAAAAAUGAACUGUUUCAGUUCCUGACGUGGCUGGUUUCUAGUGCCUUUUUUCUAUAGCUGAUAUCUGUGCUUGUGCAGAUUCCAAAUAAACCAUUGGUGACUGUU